AUGUACCAAAGCGGGCAGAGGGACGUGUCGCGGCCCUUUCAGGUGCCCCCGCCUCCGCCGCCCAUGUCCCCGCCUAUCGGCCAGCUGAAUAACAAUAUCAUGUCCAUCCCGCCCCCGCCUCCACGAUACCCCGGCGUGCCAGGCCCGGCUGGGGGAGGAGUACUGCUGCCUCCGCCUCCGGGUCCGCCGCCCAACAGCGCAUAUCCCGGCAGUGCUCUCCCCCCUCCGAGCGCUUUGGGCCAGGCGCCGUGGCAUGGCACCUGGGGCAGGAUGUAUGAUGGACGGACAACGUUCAGUAUCCCCCCACCGCCACCGGGGGGCCAGCAUCAGGCCUACAAUCCCAAACUGCACGCGGCGGCAGCUGCCGGCCAGGCAAUAGGAAUCCCUCCGCCGCCGCCCCCGAACGAGCAGAUGAGCGCAACCUACAUACCGCAAGGAGAUACAUACGGCGAGGGUGUUGGGAUUCCCGGUCUAGGCCCGACUGCCGAGGAGGAGAUGUACGCAGCUACGGCCCAGAGCACUUGGAAUAUGGGCCAGAAUCCCAACGAUACCCCCCUGAUGACGACGCCCUCGGAUGACGCCACGGGGAAAGACAGGCUCUACGCCGCGGCAAUACAGGGCAGGAUGGCAUCGACGACCAGCAAUGCAACCAUGUCGUCCAGAAUCCCCCCCGAGCUGGCCGCGCAGUGGACGAUGGACAAGGUCGUCCAGUGGCUACAAGCAAACCAGUUUUCCAAAGACUGGCAGGAAACGUUCAAAGGGCUCAACAUCCACGGCGCACAGUUCUUGGAGCUCGGGGGAAGGCAUGCCGGCCGAGGAAACUUUGGUAUGAUGCAUCAACAAGUCUAUCCGAGGCUUGCAAAUGAGUGCAGCGGUAGCGGCACUGGGUGGGAUGCGGGCCGUGAACGAGAGGAGGGAAAGCGGAUGCGCAGGCUGGUUCGAGUCGUCGUGACCGGAUGGUUUCCCGAUGCAUCCAAGCCUAGCUCGUCGCACUAUCGCGACGAGUCUGGCACAGGUUCGAACUUGCAAGGCCAAGGGACGGAUUCCGCGGAUUCGCCCAAUACCCCGAUAAAAGCGCCCGGUCCAGGGUUUGGAGGACGACGGUACUCCCAAUCUAGAGGGGCCGCUGUGCCAACCUUGGUCAACAACACAAUGAGCUCGGAUUCGAACCAUAGGAGCAUCAUGAAGAACCUUGACAUGGACAGCACUCGUCGUCAUAGCCCUAGCGCAAGUGAGUCGGGUGAAGCUGGUACUCUCCGGGGCGUGCCGUCCUUCAGCAAGGAUAGCCCGACCGGCAGUCCUAGAUUCCCCUCCUCCUUGACUGGGAAUGCGUCGGCAUCACCGCAGACAGGCAGGUUCGGGCACCGCUCUAGGAACAGCACCGAUUCAGUGUCCUCUAAUGCGGCCAUUUAUGGCUCGGGCGUGCCACCAGAGGCCAGCCAGAUGCUCAAGAACGGAAUGAGCAUUGGGGAGAUGAUGAAUGCGAAUCGAAACUCUGAAGUUAUUAGGCGCCAUGGCCAGGAUGGUGGCCGUCCGUCCCCUCCGGAUUCCGGCGAUAGAAGCGCCGGAACCGAUCCGCCAGUGAGCGCCAAGGACCCGAAGGACUCGAAGUCGUUCCUCUCGUUCCUGUCGAGGAAAAAGAAGCCGAAGGAGGAUGGCGCAUUCCCGUCCCCAGAAGAAAUGGAUUCUCCCACUAGUCCGGCCAUCAGCUUCAAACCGCAUUCCUUUGGAAGCAAGGCGGGCAAUGCUAGCGAAACUUCCUUGGACCGUCCCGGGUCAAGCUUCUCCACGGCGGCGGACCACGGACCUUCUCUGCGUUCCCGAAGAGCGGGCAACCCCCGCGUCUACAUCCUUGCGACGGUCGAUUAUUGGAACUACCGCAUGAUAGAUGUCACCGACAUAGACACGCCGACCGAUUUUAGGGAGAUCGUAUGUGUCAACCUUCGGAUAUCAAAUUUCGACGGUGCCCAGAUAUUCCUCACCGAGCUGGGAAAGGGCGAUCAUGAAGAGCCCCUGGAUGAUGCCAAGCUCAUGGCGCUCAAGAAGCUCAAGGCGGACUCUGCGGGAACCCUGAAGCUUUUCGUACGGCCUGCAGAAGCCUACUCUCACCUGGUGGCUGGUGCAAAGAUGGACGAAGAAGCUUACGCGAGACUUAACGGGCAGCGGCAGAGAUCCAGCUCUUCGCCGCCGACGUCGAGGCAGAACACCAUGCCCAACGAGGGGAGAGAGAUGGACGAGGCCGCUCUGAACGAGCAAUCGAUUGCCUACCACGAGGAGCAGCUGAGGAGGCAACACGAAUACCUCGCGAAGCGGAACCAGGCAAACUUGAAAGACACAGGUACCUCAGACUCGGCCUACGGGAUUGUGGGCAGGAAUGUCAACUUCGACCUGCCGCGACUUUCGCCGUUCGAGGACAGAAAGCCCGAUAACUUGUUCCCUCAACGCAAGGCACCAGCGCCCCCUGAAGAUCCUUCUGCGACUUUGAUCAAGGCGAAUUCGUUGAGCAAGAAGACUGGUCAAGGAGCACGCAGCCCAGAAGACGCGGUCGAUGGCCACCAGAAGCGCCCAUCGACAGACUUGCGUGAGGAGAUGUACGAGAAACAGAAGCGGAAGCUCAGUGCCCAGCCAACGGGCAGCAUCGGGGGACUGCUGGUCGGCAUGGGUACAAGGCUCGGAGGAGUCGGACAUCCGUCUGCUACCGGCUCGCGGGCCCUAUCGACUAACCGGGCCGCGUCGUCGCCGUCUACCACAAACGGUGAGUCUAGCCAUCGAGGCAAGGGAGCCAUGUCUCUGGUCAACUUCGGCGAGUGCGGUAAUUCCCGGUCAGGCGGGAACAAUUCACGGCCUGGGGCAUCUGGAUCGCCCGGUUCCUUGACAUGGAGCCGUGGCAAUCUGCCCUUCAUCGUGCCAGACUACUCGCCGCCCGUGGGAAUACCGCUGCACCGAGGUAACCCUGUAGACAUUCCCAGCACACCUGUCUCGAACACGCCCUACGAUGAGACAGAAGCUAAAAUGAAUCACGUAGUGCAAAACGCUGUGUCGUUAGGGGACGUCAGUCCCGGCACACGCAGACGCGUCAGCGGCGGUCACCAACCUAACAGGCGGAAGUCACACGGGCCUGACGUUGACUUCCAAGAGACAGAAGUCGACUUCUCUCGCGGACCAGCCCCGCCGACAUGGAAGCGGCCGGAGGACGACGAAGACUCGGGCGACAAUUCUGACGAUGGGCUCUUCGCGGUCCCCAUUUGUGCUCGCAGUGGUGGCGCAAGGGGCAAGGCUUUGGCGCCAAAGCAGCAGGGUAACGGCGAGGGCGGAGAGUCAGACGGCAGUGGGAAGCGGCCAAGCCUGAAGGUCAACACGAACCGAGCGAAGAAGAACCUCUCUGUGGCCUUCACGUCGCCGCAGUCCAGCAUCGGCAUUAAGACACCCGACGUCGAUGACGACGACGGAAUCAACAGCGUCAGGAGCUCCAGGAGCUUCCAACGCCGGACACCCGGGACGCCUGCGUCUGAUGGAUGGGAGGAGCCGGCCGAGGACAGCAAGCUUAGCAGACGCAAAUCCUUCGUGGAGAAGGAUGUCUGGGCUAAUCGUCCGCCAACCGAUGCGCUCAUCAACAAUCUCGAAGACUACUUCCCCAACUUAGAUGUCGACCAGCCUGUGCUGGAGGAAAAUGCCGAGCAGGACGUGCCUCCGUCGCCAAUUUCCGAGGCGGAUGAACACACGUUGGGCAGGAGCAAUCAAGCAACAGCGCAAGCGGCCGCUGCGACGCCGGGAUUAAGCAGCAAUAGAGCAUCGUCGAUCUACAACGAGAGCGACACUCUUGGCUCCGACGAGUCGACUCUCAAGGCAGGAGAGUCACGGCCCGUCUCCAUGCAAUCGAUCGCACGGCGCAGCAUCCGUCGCUCGGGCGGGUUGGGCCGCAUGAAGUCUAUCAGGGAGGUGGCGCGCGGGGCCCACGAAGCCAACAAGCGGUUCACCCGGACAUCGUCGCACGCCGCGGGCCCGUCAGCCAGUCGCGACUCCAACCUGUUGCGGCGCAAGAGCACCAAGAUGUUCAACGCCAACAUUGUGCAGAUCCGCCCGGAGCGGGGGUCCAUCAACUCUGCCAUGGGCUUGACGACCAUCCCGCAGGACAGCCUGCCCAACCAGAACGCGCUGCCCAAGCGUCAGACGACGUUCCGCUGGUUCAAGGGCCAGCUCAUCGGCAAGGGCACGUACGGGCGGGUGUACCUCGGCAUGAACGCCACGACGGGCGAGUUCCUGGCCGUGAAGGAGGUCGAGGUAAACCCGAAGGCUGCCCAGGGGGACAAGAACAAGAUGCGGGAGAUGGUGGCGGCGCUCGACCAGGAGAUCGACACGAUGCAGCACCUCGACCACGUCAAUAUCGUGCAGUAUCUGGGCUGCGAGCGCAAGGAGACGAGCAUCUCCAUCUUCUUGGAGUACAUCUCGGGUGGCUCCAUCGGAUCGUGCCUGCGGAAACACGGCAAGUUCGAGGAGAGCGUCGUCUCCUCCCUCACGCAGCAGACGCUGAGCGGCCUCGCGUACCUCCACAGGGAGGGCAUCCUCCACCGCGAUCUCAAGGCGGACAACAUCCUGCUGGACCUGGACGGCACCUGCAAGAUCUCGGACUUUGGCAUCAGCAAGAAGACGGACAACAUCUACGGGAAUGACAAGACCAACAGCAUGCAGGGCUCCGUCUUCUGGAUGGCGCCCGAGGUCAUCCGGUCACAGGGCGAGGGCUACAGCGCCAAGGUGGACAUCUGGUCCCUCGGCUGCGUGGUCCUGGAGAUGUUUGCGGGGCGGCGACCCUGGAGCAAGGAGGAGGCAGUGGGGGCCAUCUACAAGAUCGCCAAUGGAGAGAUCCCGCCCAUCCCGGAUGAGGUCACGGCGAAGAUCUCGCCGCUGGCCAUCGCCUUUAUGCUGGAUUGCUUCACAGUAAACCCGUCUGAGCGACCAACUGCCGACAUGCUCCUCUCCCAGCACCCCUUCUGCUACCUGGACCCGGGCUAUAACUUCUUUGAUACGGAGCUGUAUGCGAAGAUCAGGGGCACGUACUGA